UCUUCCGAUUCGCUGGUUGGCCGUGUACCAGUAAGCGUGUUUGUAAUAGAGUGAAAAAGCGCGGUCAGGAUUGCUGAUGCAAUCCUCUUUAUUUUUUGUGCAAGCAUAUCUCGUAUUCCUAUUUAAGUCUUUUUGUUUCCUAUAUAACUACUGAAAGCAAGAUAAAAAUACCUUGGUUACUAUGGUCAAAUCGUCCCCGCCACGUUGACACUGGGGACGGGUACCAUUAACGUUGAGAAGAAGAAGUGUAUUCUUCCACCAUGCUCUAGGUGAUGUUUUUGAUAUGUUUUUGAUCCUAGACGAUCGCGCAACUAGAUAUGUUGAAAACCAACCAAGUGGCAAGGCAUCGAUAACGUUUUGUAAUAUAAUGUAUUCUUCCGUAAUCAUUAUAAGUUGAAGGUGACACGAAUACAGUUGAAGGUGACAGAAUUAAAAUAUCGUAGAGACAGGAUUAAAAUUAUUCGGUACAAAGUGUGGCUGUGAGAUAUAAUAGAAUCAGAGUACAAACCAUGUCGUGCAAAAUGGAACUUAUAAAGACCGUUUUGGGAAGAAUGGUGAAUACCAAAGGUUUUGAUCGUUGUAUGAAAAAUAUAAAAUUGCUAUCAGCUGGCGAUGGAAAGUGCAAAGCACAAUUUACUGUAGCUGAAGAACAUUUAAAUCCUGGUGGCUUCUUGCAUGGUGGUUUUACCGCUACUAUUAUAGAUGGUGUAUCUACGUGCGCAUUAAUGACUUAUAAAACUGAUACUCCUCCUGGUGCUUCCAUAGAUCUACAUGUGACGUAUUUGAAAGCUGCAUUUCCUGGUGAAACAGUGACAGUUGAUGCUAAAACACUACGUGCUGGGAAGAAUUUGGCUUUUCUCACGGUGGAGCUCACAAAGAAUGACGGUAAGGAUAUUGUUGCCCAUGGGCAACACACAAAGUAUCUUGGAGGGGUUAAACAAUGAGACAUUACUAGGUUGAUUUAUAAAUCGUAUCGAUAAAUGUACAUAAUGUACGUAACAAAAAGUUACAAGAAUACACUGUAAUAUGUAUAUAUCUUGA